AUGGAAAAAGAAAGAGAGGAAGAGAGGGAGUCAGUGACAGUUUAUAUACAACCUGGAGAUGGAGAGAAGAAGAAGAGAGAGAGGAAAAAAAAAGGAGUGAAAGAAACCACUCCGGCAUCAUUUCGGUGUCUGCGAUCUAACAGCUGGAAGUUCUCUAAGGCUUACAAGGAUGAACUGAGGGCGAUGCUUACAUUGGCCUGGCCUGUGACCGUGUCUGCAUUACUCGAACAAUUUGUCUUCACCAUUAACGCCAUGUUUACCGGUCACCUGGGCAGGCUUCAACUGGACGCUACAGCGCUCGGACAGGCUGUUUUCGAGGUGUUUGGGUCUUCAAUAAUGGUCGGUAUUAACACAGCUUGUGACACGCUGUUUUCACAGACAUAUGGUAGUACCAACAAAAAGAACCUUGGGAUUUUGCUCCAAAGAGCACUACUGCUCAACAUGCUGGCGUGUAUUCCCUGUAUCUCCCUCUACAUGAACGUCGAACGUAUACUGUUGGCUGUUGGACAAAACCCAGACGUAUCCAGACUGUCGGGAGAGUAUAUAACAGCCUGUAUACCAGCAUUACCGGUAUAUGCCGCAGUGAUGGUGAUGUCCAAAUACCUCUGUGCCCAGGGUAUCGUGAGGCCAACGCUUGUGAUCCUGUUGGUUAGUAACGUGUUCAACCUAUUCUCCCUGGAUGUCUUCCUUCACUGGGCAGGUCUGGACAUGGUAGGGGCUGCACUGGCGGUAUGUGUAACAUAUGGAGCAUGCUGCAUCAUGCACGCGUUGUAUAUUUAUGGUUCAAACAUCAACGACGCUACCUGGACAGGCUGGUCGUCCAAGUGUUGGCUAGAAUGGAAACAUUUCAGCGAUUUGGCAGUUCCUGGUUUCAUGAUGAUCGCGAUGUCUUGGUGGUCUAUCCAGAUCGUUGUUGUACUGACAGGAUACAUUGGGAAGGUGCAGUUGGCAGCCCAAGCUGUCUUGUUUCAAAUAGUCGCCUUAAUUGACAUGUUGCCCUAUGGUAUGUCGACCGCCGCGGGCAUGCGCAUUGGCAAUCUGCUUGGAAGUGGUGACCACGUGGCUUGUCAGACAGCCAACUCAACUGCGAAAAUAAUUUCAGGAAUAUUUUCUGCGGUGGUCGGCGCAGUACUUACGCUCUUUGGGGGAGUAAUAGCUGAAGCAUUUACAGAUGAUGAUGAAGUUGCAGAUCAGGUGAAGCAAGUAAUGCCCAUCCUCACCAUCUACCUAUGCAUUAAAACAGUAUCUAGUGUAUUUGGUGGAGUUUUAAGAGGUAUUGGACAACAACGGUUUGGAGCUUGCGUCACUUUCCUGUCAUACUAUGUCAUAUGUCUUCCUCUGGGGCUCCCAUUAAUGUUUCUGACAUCAUUGGGUAUUGCAGGUAUCUGGAUCUCCUAUACAAUUUCCGCUACGUUCCUAGGCGUGUGCUGCUACGUCAGACUUAAUAAUGUUGAUUGGAAGAAGGAAGUCGUAUUGGCCCAGGAACGAGCAGGUGCCAAAGGCAAAAAAUGCUCCGAGAUGAAAGGCGGAGAUUACUCUCCGCUGAUUCAAGAGGACUGUGCCAGUGAUGAUGAAGACUACUCGCAUGAAAGUCCAUCCCGUAUCAACGAGCCAAGGGGCGGUCUGAUGAGAGUCAUUGUCUCCCGCCUACUAAUAGCACUGUCUAUUAUUGGCAUCCUUGUGUUUGGUGUCACAGUGAGGACUAUGCCCGGACGCUCGCAUUUACCAGAGUGUGCCACUGUUCCAGGAUUUGCACAGAUGACCUCGGGAACUUUCUGUGCCAAUCAGACUGAACUCUUGCAAACCCUAAAUUCGACAAGGAAUAUCACUGAACAGUAGAAGCAUGCACAGGCCCUCGUCUCUUUGCGAGGAUUACAAAUUGAAAAAUAUAUUUUGAGAUGACCCCCGACUCGAAAUGCUUCACAGUACAAUCCAUCAUGAUUUCGGGGGUCAUCUAAUAAAACUUUUAUAAUAUUUAAUCCUCGCAAAGACACGAGGGCCUGUGGAAGCAUGUGGGUUUGUAACCACUACGUAGGGACCAUUUUCACACGUGAUCUAUGCAUACUCUAAGAAAUGAGACACGAAAGAGAUCAUCUUUAAAGUUAUCAGAAGUGUUCUUAUGGAUGAGACUUUUCUCAUGUAUUUGUAGGAUAUGUACGGAUACUCAAUGCAUAGAUUUGCCUGAAAAAUGUGUCAAAAGUAUUGAUUUAAGAGGUUUUGAUGAAAUGUUUUAUGCAAAAUUUGAACAUGGGUACUGCCCAUGCUGGUUGUGAAUGAAACGGAACAGAUCAUGGUAAGAAAUUCAUCUUGGGUCACAGAUCUGAUCUUACUUUGAAAUGCCCUAAUUGUCGAACAUCUGAAAUAGGGCCUGAUUAGGUCCAUUGUUAUAAAGUUAAUCUUGUCAGAUGUCAGAUUUAUGAAGAAGUAGUUGUCUGAUAUAAGGUCACUUCU